GUGCCACCGUGUGAACUCAGUGCAUGGCCAUGUUUCAGAGCUUGCUUUGUAGCUACACUGAUGGUUCCGGCAGUGCUGAUGCAGUCUUGACCAGAUUGAUGACCAACUAUAAGAAGCUCAUCCAUGAAGAGGGCUACAUUGAUACCAAGUCAGACGCAGGUUUCAACGCCACAGCUGUUUUUUUGGAAAGCCUGGAGGCCACAGCUCGGGCCAUGCGUUUGGAACCGGCGAACCGAUCGUACCGCUCCAGCUUCACCAUCAACUACCGUGCCCUGUUUCCUGAUGAGUCCAGAAACUAUCGGGUGGACAUUCUGGAGGCCAGCGUGGAGCAAAAUGCGGUGAUUUGGGUGAAUGGUGACAAAUUCGAGUUCAGUCAGGAGGCCAUGCAAUGUGCAGAGGACCUUCAACGAGCUUGGUCUGAACUUUGUGCUUUGCUGGAGCGUUGGAAAGCAGGGGAUCCUGGGGAUAAACCUCAGCGAACAGAGAUGCGAACAUCCUUAGUGACCCUAGACGUUGCUUGGGCAGCCUUCGAGAAGAAGUACAUCAGCGAGCUCAUUGCAAUCGAAGAUCAGGCCCGCAAGUUGAUCGUGCAAGCAGUGGACUGCGAGAAGCGCUUAAGGGACCUUGAAGCGAAGUAUGGUGAGACCGAGGCCUUGCUGGUUCGAUCCGAGUAUCAAGCGGAGCAAAGGCGCCUGGUCGGGAGCAUUUCCUACUUGAACUCAGUGGCAAACUUCCGACGGAAGGGGCGUGAUGACCUGCCCGCAGAUGUUCUGUUUGACGCAGUGCGGACCAUACAGCGCUGUGACCUUGCGGAGAAGAAUGGCCAGAGCACGGAACUCUCAGCUGCUGCGCGCACCUUGUGUGGCGACGUGGUGGAGUCUUUUGUGGCAAUGCGUCUUUACCUUCGUGAGAUUGGAAAGUGCCUUGAGCGAGUGGAUCCACACCUGUGCAACAACGCUGGGUUGGUGACAAGGUUGGUGGAUUGGGAAGAAAGCUGGGAGGUUGGAGCGCGAUACGUUCAGAAUGAACUGCUGCUGAAUGGCAUUUGCGACCUUGUGGCAGAGAUCCGUUUGGCACAACAUGUCGCGCCAAGCCUCCGAGACAUGUGCAACUUGGGCCGCACUUGCCCUUGUAGAGGCAUGACUAGCUUCCCUAGAAUGUUGGCCCGAUGCAUGCUGUUUGCAGCUGCCAUGGCCGCAUCAUUCGAUGAUCCCCUAGCCCAAUGGCUGGACAGCCUGAAAUUCUCGCUGCAGGAUGUAACGCAGGAGAAAGCGGGCAUCACAUUCAAAGUCUCCAACUUGGUGUGUCAGAAUCUCCAGCUUUCAGACAUCAAGUCAGCAGUUGAGGACGUGGGGAUGUCCAUCACGCUGGAGGGCAUCGGGAUUGUCUGCAAUGGACACUUUGAUUAUCACGGCUUGGCCAUUGUCAGCGGCUCUGGUGAUCUUCAAGCUGUGGUGAAAAGCAGCCCAAGCUCCACUGCCACUGUGGCACUGCAUGGAACCAACAUGGCUCAGAACUUGCCCUGGGCUGUUGAGGCUACAUCUUGCGAUGCCAAUUUGGACUUGAAGCUCACCCUCUCUGGCUCCAUCAUCUACGAUGUCAUCAACAUCUUCAAGACGCCUGUGUCAGCUUUGAUCAAGCAUCAGGCCAUCGCACAAGCCUGCACGCAGCUGAAGACCAUGGCAGCUGGACAGCUUUCCCAGAAGCUUGCUGACUUCAACCGUCUGAUGUUGCCAUCGGAUGAUGGUGAGUUGUUGCUGAAAUCUACCGGGUUAGCUGCCAAGCCGGAGGCUGGAGCUCCGUGGUUCCACGUGGACAUGGAGAGCUUUGAAGAUUUCGUGGAGGACGUCGCCAACGGCGACCACGGUGACCGCCCAAAAGCCGAAGAAAACGACGCCGGAUCGCAGGGAAACCUGUUCCUGGCGGAGCGACGCCUGAAGGCAGUCAGUAAGGAUGGCACCGUGGAUUGGACCCAUGACGAAACUUUGAAAUGGAUCUCUUGGUUGGUGGAUGAUGUCAUUGGACCCGAGCGUUUGGAUCAGGCUGUGAGUUGGGCAGUGAAGGGCAAUGAGACCGUGAUCAUCCCUGGACCUGCCAAUCCCCUGAUGACAACCACUGUGAAGCAGCCUGACGCAGGCCUCGAGUUGAGGGUGACCGCCUUUCUGAAGUCCGCCAGCAUUGAAGGCGCAGAUGGGAUGUCUGACUUCUCUCCGGUUGCGGCAGUAGGGCCCAACGACCUGCGUUUCAAGGUCAGCUGGGGCACUGCAAAACGUCCAGCCUUCGGUUUGGGUGUGGACGUCAAGGUUCAGGUGGAGGCUGUGGACUUGUCGAGCGGGAAGUCCCAAGCCGCCAUGGAGCAAGAGAUGAGUCUGCACUUGGCAGUGCUUUCGCCGUCCUUGGAAGUCCAGGGAGAAGUGCAAGUCUUGGCCAGGGAAUGGCCAGGAACCCGAAGCCUUGCACAGCUGAUGGUGGCACCCAAGCAAUGUCUCACCAGCAUGUUGAAGCAAGCUCCACUGCUCAAGUCUGUGCAGAUGAAGUUCCAGCAACUGGCCGCUCCGUUGAGCUUUGUCACCCGCACCCAGGGUGCCUUGGAGAAUGCCUUGGCCAACUUGCUGAACAACGGCGUAGGGCUCUUCAAUCAGGAACUCUCCGAAUCCGUGGCAACGGUGCAUCAUUUGAUGCACAGUGGCUUCCGGACGGCAGCGGGAGCGGCUUCCGUCGGCUGGCACGCGGUGGAUCUUUGCUGUGGCAAGUCUUUGACCUCUGCCCUUCUAUCCUUGGAUUCGGAUGGUCCAAAAAGCAUCACAGCCGUGGACUGGCGGGAUCCCAGCGGGCUUCCCCAUCACGAGGAAGCCUUGGCACGUGAUCGCGCGCAUGCAGAGGCCGCCUACGCAGAUGUGCCAGUGACCUACUUGCAGCAUGAUGUGCUGGCUGAUGACUUUCUGCCCAUUCUCCAGCAGAGGAUCGAGGAUGUUGGAAGGCCCACCGCGAUCUUGGGCAUGCACCUCUGCGGUCGCUUGCCACGAUUCCAAGGAGUUUGCAGGCCAUCCGCACGUUGGAGAUCGACCUUGUCCAGUGGACGACCCAGAUGCG